AUGCCCCAUACGCGGGAGGUCAGGACCUGCGAUCGCUGUCGCCACUUCAAGCGACGAUGCGAUCUUCUGAAGCCGUCCUGCACCCGCUGCGUCCAGGCCGGCGUCCGCUGCAGCUUUGACGCGGCGAGGACCGCCGUUGCCGGCGCCGGCGCCCAGCAACCGUCGGUCGCCGCCGCGUCGUCGUCGCCGCCCGUCGUCGUCCACGACCCCCCCGCCCCUACCUUCGUCGCCGUCAACGCACCGACGUCCUCUGCAACCGCCGCUCAGCGUCCCUCGUCGCUGCCGUCGUCGUCGUUUGAUGCCGUCGUCGUCGCCGGUGGGCCCGCCUCGGACCCCGACUCUCACCCGUUCUCGGGCAUGCCUCCAGCGGGGGGGCGAGCCACCAGCGUCCCGCCGGCCGCCGCCGCCGCCGCCUCCUCGUCCAUUUCGCCCGGCCAGGACGAUGCCGGGGCGGCACUCGUCAACGGACUCAUAUCGCCAACGACGUCGGCCGAGAGCCCGGAGCCGCCGCGCGCCGACGCCCCUGCCGCGCCGACGCCCCUGGAUACGCCUGCCGCCAUGGCCUCCUCGGCCAGCGGCCAGCGUGUUGUGCGGAAGCGGAAGCGCAACUGCCUCAGCUGCCUCCGGUGCCAUCGCCUCAAGGUGAAGUGCGACAAGGAGCUCCCCUGCGGCCGGUGCGUGGCCAGCGGCAACGGCCGGGAGUGCUACUACAGCUACAACAAGGGACCCAACGGCGGCAAGUUCCCGUGCCCGACGGCGCCCGUCCCCUCGAGCAGGGAUGAGAAGAAGCCGCAGAUGGUGGCCUGGCAGGUCCAGCACCGCGUUCGAGGGUCGAGCCAUUGGAGGGAGCUCAUGACCAAGAUCGGCUCCCUCGCCUCCUCGUCGGCCACGGGGGAGCAAUCGCCGCUCGCCGCGGCCCUCGAGGGCGUCGGCACCAACGCCUGCCUGGCCAACUUUUGCCUCCCCGGCAACUUCCCCUUCGGCACGCCCGGCGCGGCCAAGUACUAUUCGCGCGACGCCGUCACGCGUCUGCUGGCCGCCGAGAGGGCCAGGACCGACGACUACCUCCGACGCUACCUCGCCCUCCUCGACGUCGUCAACCCCAUCGUCGACCUGCGCACCUUUGGCGAGGAGAUCGACGGCUACUGGCGGGACCCCAACGAGGUCAGCCUGUGCUGGCUGUCCCAGUUCCUCAUGGUCGUCGGCCUCGGGUGCUUCACCUCGACGGCCGACGAGCCGUCGACGGCCACGGAGCUCAUGAUGGCGGCCGAGGCCUGCCUGAUGCAGACGCCCUUCAUGUUCCGGCCGACGCUCAUGACCCUGCGCGCGCUCUCCCUCAUGUCCGUGGCCAAGCUCGUCUGCAACGCGACCUGUUGGUCCGUCGAUUCCUGCUGGUCCCUGCUCGGGCUCCUCGUCAGGGUCGCCUUCAUCUUCGGCCUGCCUCAGGAGAAGAACGACCAGGACGAGGAGCUGCGGGACCCCGUCGAGAAGGACGCGCGGAGGAAGCUGUGGCUGACGAUCCUCUACCUCGACAUCAAGGUCUCCAUGUGCACGGGCAUGCCGCCCCUGACGAGGCCCGACGAGCUGGGCGGCAUGCGGACCAUGCCCGACGCGCCCGACGACCUGCAGAUGGUCCUCUUCCGCUCGCUCCCCACCGUCCUCUCCGUCCUGGCCCAGAUCAACUCCAAGAAGGAUCAGAUGGCCUACGCCGACGUGCUGCGAUUCAACGCCCGGCUGCGCGAGCUCAUGGGCCACGCCCAGCGGGUCUGCACCGCGAGCCUGCAGCGCAUCACCGUCGACAUCUUCCUGAGGAGAUGCCUCAUGGUCCUUCACCGCCCCUUUGCCCUGCACCCGGAGGGCCCGUCCCUGUUCCCCGAGUCUUACUGGUCGUCGUUGGAAUGCUCCCUCGCCCUGCUCGUCCACUACCGCGAGCUGUGGUGCAGCGACGAGGGCCUGCGGCUGGACCUCGUCGGUCGCGCCUUUGUCCUCGACUUCUUCUCGGCCACGCUGACGACGUGCGUCCACAUGCUGCGCGAGGAUGCGCCCCUCAGCGGCGCCGCCGCGACGGGCUGCAGGCUGCCGCCGAGGCAGCUGAUCCUGGACACGCUGCGCAGCUGCGUCGACAUCUGGAGCGGCGAGCAAGAGAAGAGCGUGUGCUGGCGCACGGGGUACCAUCUGCUGAGGGCCGUCCUUGCGCUUCUUCCCUCGGCCGUGGAUGGGCCCGACGAACCUUUGCCGUUGGCGCCGCCGCCGCCGCCGCAACCGCCACCAUCGCGGUUGGAACCUGAAGGUGCUUCUUGA